CCAUUCAUUAAACAAAAACCUUUCAUUUAAAACGAACUUUCAUUUCAAACUAGAAACUCAAAAGAGAAUAUAAAUUCAUAUUUUUCAAUCUUUUAAAACCACCAAUAUGCUAACAGAAUGCAAAGAUGAGCUGCCCAAUCCUCACAAGGGAUGCCUGCGGGAGAUGCUCAACACCCUGAUCAUCAGCGACAAUGAUGUGAAGCGCCUCAAUACGCAGCUGCGCAACGUGCAACUGGAGAUGAAGGCCGAAAUGGACAAGAUCGAAAAGGCCAAGUGCGUCGGAGAUGAGAAGUCAACGAAGCCAAAGGUCUGCGUCAGUGAGGAGGAUCUCACACAGUUUGCCGAACGCAUCGUCAAUCUGGAUGAACUGAAGCUGCACUACACAAAGAAAAGCGAGGAGCUGCGCCGCCGUCGGGACAAUAUAAUGGUCUAUGCCCGACAGUGCCUGAACGCCUACAACGAGGAGAAGUGCAAAUUCAAGUCCUUCCAGGAGAACACCGUGGACUACAUUAAACGAACGGCUACUCUCUCGCAGGACCGUGAGGUGAUCCAGAAAUGCGAGAAUGACAUUUGCCAGAUGAACAAACGCUUUGUUCGAGAGGUGGCCCAUCUGAAACGCUGCGAGGGAGAGCUGCAGGCGUUCUUUAAGCUGCUCAAGGACUCGGAUCCCAAGGCCUAUUGCGAGUGCUGCUGCUUCAAGGACUACGACUGGCUGCCGCAGGGCAAGAACCUGGAGGUGGUGGACACCAUAGCCGCGGAGAUCAAGGAGAAGAUGGGCCACGUGCUGGUGCGUGCCUUUGCCCAGCUGCAUUUGCAUGAGCCGCAGGAUCCGCGGGCCUUCAUUGCCGCCUAUCUGAUGAAUCUCGAUCGCAGCGAGCAGGAGAUGAAGGAGAAGCACGACAUAUUCCAGGAGGCCACAGAGAUCUGCAUCAAGGAGCUGCCCGAUCCCAUAUUCCAUUGCGAGAACACAUGUCCGCCGCAAGAGAAACCCAUUUGAGAGUUUUUUUAAACAAUAUUUCCUUUAAUUCACACGAAAAAACACCAUGAAAUACAAUAUUUGAAAUUCUCUUAACAUUA